AUGCCUCCUUCUGCCGUACUUGGUGAUGGUGUCAAACGUCCUCGGGUGCUUGGUGCGCCGCCAGGGCUAGCCCUAGCCCUAACCUCAACACGGUUAGACUCCACUUUUCUCCUCGCUUGUUUCCUCCCCAAAGAGCAUCCUCAACUGCUGAACUUUGCGAUCUUCGUGAAGUUUGGUGUGCUCGACAACAUCACGACAACGCGCAAUCAGCAGCCAUGGCCCCCGUCCCGUGAUCGCGUUUACUCCAAGACCUACAAGGUCCCUCGUCGUCCUUUCGAGUCGGCUCGUCUUGACUCGGAACUGAAGAUUGUCGGCGAGUACGGCCUGCGCAACAAGCGUGAGGUGUGGCGUGUCCAGCUCACUCUGUCCAAGAUCCGUCGUGCUGCUCGUGAGCUUCUCACCCUCGACGAGAAGGACCCCAAGCGUCUUUUCGAAGGUAACGCUUUGAUUCGUCGUCUGGUCCGCAUUGGUGUGCUCGAUGAGUCCCGCAUGAAGCUCGAUUACGUCCUGGCCCUCCGUGUCGAGGACUUCCUUGAGCGUCGUCUGCAGACCUGUGUCUACAAGCUCGGUCUUGCCAAGUCCAUCCACCACGCUCGUGUCCUGAUCAAGCAGCGUCACAUCCGUGUCGGCAAGCAGAUCGUCAACGUGCCUUCCUACAUGGUUCGCCUUGACUCCCAGAAGCACAUUGACUUCGCUCUCACCUCCCCCUACGGUGGUGGCCGCCCUGGCCGUGUCCAGCGCAAGAAGGCCGCUGCCGCUGCUGGCGGUGACGGUGAGGAGGCUGAGGAGGACGAGGAGUAA